AUGGAGGUCGACAUGCACAGCGACCCCGCGAUGUGGAGAGCCAAAAUAGGGAAGCUGCAGAGCCUCAUUCGCAGACUGAGAUGCGUCGUUAUCCACGUCAACACUGCCAUCAGUGACGAGAUGCUGUUUCAAAACAUUGCACUGGUGCAGCAGCUCAAGGGCGUCUCUGAGCUCAAGCUGCACAUGCGGGAGGGUUGCGACCUGCCGCCCGCGGCCGCGGCGGCCAUCGCCGCCAUGCCCUACCUCACCUCCCUGUCCAUCGUCGGAGGCGGCCUAAAGAGCGACGCCGCCGCCACCCUCCUCUCCGGCCUGGCGGCAACCGCCGCCGCCGCCGCGGCAUGUGGAGGUGGAGGCGGCGGGCUUCGGUCUCUGACGCUGUUGCCCGCUGCGGGUAUCGACAUAUAUGUCGUGUUUGCCGUAUUUGUUGGGAAGCUAUGGGUGUUUCAGACCGGGCAGUAUGUAUGUCGUGACGUAAUUUACGGGCAUUCCAGGCUCACGAGCUCCGGGCUGGCCACCUUGUCCCUGGGUCUGCCCCGCCUCACCCGCCUCGCCAUAACCUCCCUGGACUCGGACUCCGGCUACGAGCUGGCUUGCCUGGAGCGACUUGCCCAGCUGGCGGAGCUGGACCUGGCCUUGGACAAUGCGCCCACAGGGGCAGCCAGCAGACGGGCGCUGUGCGCGCUGAGGCCGGGCAGGAGCCUGAGCCUGAGCUUCAGAUGGACGGAUAAGGCGCAGGGCCUCCUGGCGGAGUACGGCAACCGCCUGGCUAAUUUGACACACCUGGACGUUGGCGCGUGCAGGGUGGGUUCUGAGUCUCUGUUCGAGGCGGUUGCCCAGCUCACUGGUCUGCGGGAGCUUCGUAUGGCCGUGUACAGCAAUGCCGACCACUGCAUCCCCUGCCACCUGUCCCGGCUGUCCGCGCUGGGGGCGCUGCAGAGGUUCCAUCUGGAGAAGCGCAGGGCGUACUUCCCCGAGGCGCGCCGCUUCGGUGAGAGCUCCAUCGCGGUCCCCGUAACGGCUGAGGGGCUGAGGUCCCUGGCGGGUCGGUGGAGCAGACUGAGGUCACUGCGACUGGCGCUGAGCCGCAAGGACUACAGCCCCGAGGCGUUGUCGGUUUUGUCGAGCUUCACUGGCUUGCGAGAGCUGGGCAUUGUUGUGGAGCGGUACGCGGGGUGUAGCGGCAGCAGCAGCAGCAGCAGCAACUCUCAACACCAUCAGCAAGAGCAACAACAACAUCAGGAGCAGCAGCAGCAGCCGCAGCAGUACCCAAUCCUCGGCAGUAGCCCCGGCGGCAGUAGCGGCCUGGGCUUUGGCCGGCUGUACCGGCGGGCGGUGGAGCUGCCACCGCUUCUAGAUCUUUCCUGUCUGCCUUCCGGACUGCAAUCCCUGGAGCUAAGCAACCUCCUACUGGAUUUCACCGAACCGGCGGCGGCGACGACGUCGGCGGCCCUGCCACCGUCUCCGCCACCGCUGCCGCCACCGCCGCCGCUGUCGCAGCUGUCCUCGUUGGACGUGGAUGGCUGUGUGGUGCGGCCCCCGGUGCUGGCGCAGGUCGCUCGCCGUUGCGGGUCUUCGCUGCGGUCGCUGCGGCUGGUGGGGCUGGUGGGACUGUGCAACGGUGUGCUGGCGGAGUGCUUGCCGGUGCUGACCAUGCUGCGAUCGCUGACUGUGAGCGCGCCGGGGAACAGAGCCGUGAGCCAGGCCAGCCUUGCCGCCAUGUCAUCGCCGCCGCCCCCGGCUGGGGACGCACCUCCUCCCUUUCCGUCUCCUCCUCCUCCUCCCCCGGCUGUGAUGGCAGUGGGCAGUCCAACCACCGCCGCUUCGUGGCGGUUGCCGCAGCAGCAGCAGCCGCCGCCGCCUCUGCCGUCGCCUUUGUCACCACCGCCGCCGCCGCCGGCUCCCCCGCGCCGGUCCCUGUUGCCGCUGCUUCGCCACCUGACUUGGGAAAGCGAUGACCUCACGGCCCGGGGACCCGACCUGGAUGCGCUGGCGCCGCUGACCAGCUUGCGGCACCUGUACCUGUCCUGCACCGAUAAGACGGCGGAGAGGGCGCUGGGCAGUCUCAGGGCGCUCCAGGACGCUCUGCCGUACUGCCACGUGGAUAUGGUGUGGACGGCAGCGCGACCCACUGGCGACGUGCCGUAA